UCUUCUUCUUCUUCGCAGAUCUCGCGUAUCGUGACUGCGUUGCCGCAUUUUGGCAUGAGAACGGGGACCCUCCCUGUAUCUCUGUGGUCUCCGUGGUAGACGUAGUGGUGCAGGCCCUUCAUUCAUUCGAACGAUCCUCAUCUUCUCCAAGCUUCUCUUGCGAACGAGAUUCACUUUCAUUUUGUGGUAAAUGCAAUAAGGCAUUGAGGUCUCCGCUGCAAUCAGUCGUCAGCGAUGGCGCUCUCUCUCGCCACUUACUCAGCUCACAGUUGCUUGUCAAUGAAACAGCAGAAUGGUGUUAUCGCUGCGAACAGGACCGGUCAGUUCUCGCCUCUUCAUGGAUUGCGGAAGCAGCGGGUUAAAAAUGGAUUCUCUGGUACAAGGCUGGUGAUUACUCCGAAGCUGCGUUGUUUAAAAUUGGGAUUUGCGGUAGCGAAGGCGGUUCGGAUUGUUAGCUCUAGGGGGUUUGAGGAAGUCAGAGUGCGGGGAAAUGGUGUCAAGGAGGUCGAGUUGCGAAAUUCCGUGGAGGCCGAGGAUGGAUUUGCGUCGUCGAGUGGUCGUGAGGAAGGUUUAGAUGUGGAGAGUUUGUGGCGGGCAGUGAGAAAGAGAGUGUUGGGUGGGGGCCGGGGGUGGGGCAGUUUGGUGGAGAAAUUGAUCACGGCGUCGUCGGCAGCUGCUGUGUGGAUGACUUCAGCUGCAAUUGUGAUGGGUUUGUUGAUGAGCGAGCCUUUGGACGCUUCUGCUUUAGUGCUUGCGCCUCGGAAGCUGCAAGGGGACGAGCUGGCCACGGUGCAGUUGUUCCAGGAAAACACUCCCUCUGUUGUGUACAUCACUAAUCUCGCUGUCCGAAGAGACGUCUUCACUCUCGAUGUGAUGUCAGUGCCUCAAGGCUCAGGUUCAGGGUUCAUCUGGGACAAGAAGGGUCACGUUGUAACAAAUUACCAUGUCAUCAGAGGCGCUUCGGACCUACGGGUGACCCUUGGCGACCAGUCUGUCUACGAGGCAGAUGUUGUUGGCUAUGACGAGGAUAAGGAUGUAGCUGUAUUGCAUAUUGAUGCACCUGAAGACAAGUUGCGACCAUUGACUGUGGGCAGCUCGUCUGACCUUCUUGUGGGUCAGAAAGUGUUUGCUAUUGGCAAUCCGUUUGGGCUGGAUCACACACUUACUACGGGAGUGAUCAGUGGAUUGCGGAGGGAAAUUAGCUCUGCAGCAACUGGCCGUCCUAUUCAGGAUGUCAUCCAGACUGACGCUGCAAUUAAUCCUGGAAACAGUGGGGGCCCAUUACUGGAUAGUGCUGGCAACCUCAUUGGUAUCAACACUGCCAUAUACUCACCGUCUGGCGCAUCGUCCGGUGUCGGAUUCUCAAUACCCGUUGACACGGUAAGCGGUAUUGUGGAGCAAAUUGUGAAGUUUGGAAAAGUGACCCGCCCUGUGCUGGGAAUCUCAUUUGCUCCAGAGCAAGCAGUAGAACAGUUGGGCGUGAGUGGUGUGCUCGUGCUGGAUGCACCUCCGAAUGGACCAGCAGGAAAAGCUGGACUAAGGCCAACAACGCGUGAUUCAUAUGGUCGGUUGGUGCUUGGAGACGUUAUCACCUCAGUGAAUGGGAAAAAAAUUGCUAACGGCAGCGAUCUUUACAAGAUUUUAGACCGCUGUAAAGUCGGAGACAUGGUGAAACUGGAGGUGCUUCGUGGGGAUCAAAAGGUAAGUGUAGAUGUCACGUUGGAACCUAGAGAUUAGCUGUUGCCUAAUCUCCCCAAGAGAAUGCUGCAGCAUUCAAGACACCUUAGUCUCUCUUUCUAGGAUCACGACUUGUGUAUUCACAUGUAUAGAUCGAUCCAUCAACUCGAACCAAUCUUAAGAGUAUUGGUGGAAAUUUGUGAUAAUAUUUCAAUCAUGUAAGAUAAGUACAUAAGUCAUUUUGUCUCA